AUGUCGGUCGAGGAAUCCCCCCCAGCAGACCGCUUUGCCUAUAUGGCAACAGCCGAUCUCGAAGACCUCCUCAAACAACUCACGCUCGAUGAGAAAGUCUCGCUGUUGGCGGGCGCCGAUUUCUGGCACACCGUCCCCAUCCCCCGCCUCAACAUUCCCUCCAUCCGCCUGUCCGACGGCCCCAACGGCGUCCGCGGCACGCGCUUCUUCGGUAGCGUCCCCGCCGCCUGUCUGCCCUGCGGCACCGCGCUAGGCGCGACUUUCGACCGCGACCUCGCCGUGCAAGUCGGCGGGCUGCUGGCGGACGAGGCCAAGGCCAAGGGCGCACACGUCAUCCUCGGCCCGACGAUCAAUAUCCAACGGGGACCCUUGGGCGGCCGCGGGUUUGAAUCGUAUUCCGAAGAUCCGCUGCUCUCGGGAAUCAUGGCCGGCCAUUAUUGCAAGGGACUGCAGCAGAACAACAUCAGCGCCACUCUCAAACACUUUGUGUGCAACGACAUGGAACACGAGCGGAUGGCUGUCGAUAUACGCGUCACGGAUCGCGCCUUGCGCGAGAUCUAUUUGCUUCCCUUUAUGCUGGCCAUGCAGAUCGAAAAGCCCCAUGCUAUCAUGACAGCGUACAACAAGGUCAAUGGCAUCCACGCCGCUGAAAACUCCCAUCUCCUCCAAGACAUCUUGCGGAGUGAGUGGGGCUGGGACGGGCUGCUGAUGAGCGACUGGUUCGGCACCUACAGCACGUCCGAGGCCGUCCAGGCGGGCCUGGACUUGGAGAUGCCGGGCCCGUCCAGAUGGCGCGGCAGCGCCCUUGUCCACGCGAUCACGGCCAACAAACUCUCCACGGCCACACUUGAUGCUCGCGUGCGUGCGGUCCUAAAGCUGAUUCAGAAGGCGAGCACCGCCCAAAUCCCGGAACAUGCCCCAGAACAGCAGCUCAACCGCGCUGAAGAUCGACAGCUCCUCCGGAAGGUCGCCGCCGAAGCGGUUGUUUUGCUCAAGAACGACAACCACAUUCUCCCACUAAACAAAAACAAGAAGAUCGCUGUGAUCGGUCCAAACUCAAAGAUUGCCACAUACUGCGGCGGUGGCAGUGCGGCCCUGAACCCGUACGAGGCCGUCUCACCCUUCGAAGGCAUCUCACGGUCCGCCCGGGACGAGGUCCAAUUCGCACAAGGCGUAUACGGCCAUCAGAUGCUCCCCCUCCUAGGGAAACGUCUGCAAACCGACGAUGGCCAGACAGGAUUCACCCUCAAAAUUUUCAAUGAUCCCCCCACAGUCCCCGACAGACAGCCACUAGAAACAAGACAUGAGACAGACGCUCAGGUCUUCUUCCUCGACUACAACCACCCCGACCUACAACCAGUCUGGUAUGCUGAAGCUGAGGGCAUCUUCAUCCCCGAGGAAUCGGGACAGUAUGACUUUGGUCUCUGCGUUCGUGGCACCGGAAAGCUGUACGUGGACGGAACGCUGCUGGUGAACAACGCCGAUGUCCAGAUACCAGGCCCGAGCUUCCUCGGUGGCGGCACCAGGGAGGAGACCGGAACGCUAGAUCUUGUUGCAGGCAGAUCCUACCGAGUCCAGGUGCAAUGGGCGUGCGCCAAGACGGCCAAGUUCAAGAUCCCGGGUGUGGUAGAUUUCGGGCACGGCGGCUUCCGAUUCGGUGCGUGUAAGCGCCUGUUGCCUCAGGACGGGAUUGAGCAAGCCGUCAGACUGGCUGCUAGUGUCGACCAGGUGGUCCUCGUUGCCGGCUUGAGCGCCGAGUGGGAAUCAGAAGGCGAGGACCGAACCAGCAUGGCUCUGCCCUCUUACACCGACGAACUGAUCACGCGAGUACUCGGGUCAAAUCCAGACACGGUGGUUGUAAUACAAAGCGGCACGCCAGUCGACAUGCCAUGGAUAGACAAAGCUAAUGCGGUGCUGCAUGCGUGGUACGGCGGAAACGAGACGGGCAACGGUCUGGCCGAUGUCAUUUUCGGCGACGUGAACCCGUCCGGUAAACUCCCUCUGACCUUCCCCCGUCGUUUGAAGGACAAUCCCACAUAUUUCAACUUCCGCUCCGAGGGCGGUCGCGUCCUGUACGGAGAGGACGUAUACGUAGGGUACAGGUACUUUGACGAAGCAGAGAUUGAGCCCUUGUUUCCGUUCGGACAUGGCCUGUCGUACACCACCUUUGUCUUGUCAGACCUUGCCCUGGAACGGAGCGCAGAAACCCUUGACGUACGCUGCAAGAUCCGCAACACGGGUAUAACGGCUGGCGCAGAGGUGAUUCAGGUGUACGUGGCGCCCUUGGGAGCUCCCAUCAAGCGACCGCAGAAGGAGCUGAAGGAGUUCCGGAAAAUCCGACUGGACCCGGCAGCAGAGGAGAUGGUCAGCAUCCGGCUGGAUGUGACCCGCGCAACCAGCUUCUGGGACGAAAAGAGCAGCACGUGGUGCAGUCACAGCGGCGAAUAUCGUAUUCUGGUCGGCACCAGUAGCCGGGGGGAAUUCUUGACUGGCUCAUUCAGGAUGGAGGAAACGACUUUCUGGUCUGGAAUCUGA